CAAAUCUGAUUUCGAAUAUGUAGCAUAUUAUAGCCGCGUGAUCUAAAAUACAUCCUCUGGUAAAUCAGCUGUCAAAAUACAUCGGUAGACCGAUUUCUUUUCUACCUAUCUUUAUUUGAAACUCAGGCAACAAUUUAAUUCUCCUCUUCCUUAUGCUUACAUGGGGUGCAAACAGCCAUGGGCAGCUGGGUACAGGAGAUGAUAAAGAUGCUUAUGAACCUAAAAUCAUUAAUUUCACUGAUCCGAUCGCCCUGAUCUCCGGAGGUGGUGGUCACUCUCUGAUUUCUGACGAAAACAAUAUAUUCAGCUGUGGCUUGAAUUCUUUUGGUCAGCUGGGUCGUUCAAAUGACUGCAACCACUUCAAAAUUAUUCCUUACUCUUUUGCAUCAACUGUUAAUAAAGUAUCCUGUGGUUGGGAUUUUUCUGUUGCAGUACUAAGUGAUGGGUCUGUUUUCUCAUGGGGCUCAAAUGAAUAUGGACAGUUGGGCAAAGAAAGUAUUAAUUCAAGCAUAACUCCUGUUCGUGUUGAUAUAGAGCCUGUUCGAUCUAUAUCUGCAGGUCUAAGGCAUGUCGUUUCUGUGACAGUCUCCGGAAAACUGUAUGGUUGGGGUUCUAAUCGCCGAAAACAAUUAUUGUUUGAUAAAAUGAUGAUUAAAGCUGAGCAUUAUGACGAAUCGAAACAAAUAUGUUACCGUCCCACUCUGUUGAACUCUGUAUUUGGCGAUACACAUGAGUGGGUCGAUUGUGCCGCUGGUGCGCAUCAUUCAAUUGCGAAAACAAGAACAAAUAAACUGGCUCUUUUUGGAGAUACUAGAUUUUUUAAACUCAAAUCAGAAGUUCACGGUCUUUCUUCGAAUAUCGAAAGUAGACUUUCAUCUCCUAUUUGGUAUGAUGCCGAAUUAUUCGACAACAAUGAAAUAGAACAAGUGGUGUGUGGAUGGAGUCAUGUUCUCGUUAGAACUAGUGUUGGAGAAGUUUAUUCGUGGGGUCGAUCAGACUUUGGACAGCUUGGACGAACUGUUAACGUAUUAAGCAAGUUUAUAGGAAAAUCUAAUGAAAUUUUCCCGAACUUCGAUGUACAUCCUGGAAAAGUACAUUUUCAUUUGAAUACUGGUCAUGAAGUGACUAUAAAAUCUGUUGCUUGUGGUUCAGAGCACUCAAUGGCUAUAGAUUCAAAUGAACAGUUAUGGGUUUGGGGGUGGAAUGAGCAUGGUAUGUGCGCUGUUACAACGAAAAUUGCAAGUCACAUAGAAAAACAUUGGACUGAAGAAGAAGUUAUUCCCUACAUCACACAACCAUAUCGAAUAAAUUUCCGAUGUUUUAAUCAAAAUUACAAAGUGAAACAUAUCGGUUGUGGAUACGGUCAUUCAAUGGCUAUCUUUGAGGGUUGCCAUGUGAGCUAUUGCGGGCUUUCGUUUUUCGACUGUGGUAGUCGUUUCGAAUUACUGCUUGAGAUCAUGGCAUCUGCGAAACAGGAUAUUGCUACGUAUAAUGUAACUCAUUUAUUACGUCAGUGGGAUUGUUCAUCUGAAGAAAAACGUCGUCAGCUUCUUGACGAUUUCAUUAAACAAUACUAUGAUUGUACUGGACCCGAUUUAGAAUCAGAAUUCGCCCAAAUGGCUAGUUUAUUUUUGGCUAGAAUAUGCGUAUGGAUAAAAUUAACUUACAUGUCAGGAACUUGUCUAACAGAACAGCUUCAAGCUCUUCAUAUAUUUUUAUCAGCUUCAAACAGCUAUAAUUAUUUACUAGAGUUUUUGGAGCAUGGUGGUGUAUUGUGUUUACAGGAAGUAUGCAUUUCAUCGAGUGCAAAAGAAGUGGAUAAACGUUGGGCGCUUAAAGUAUUAUCUUGCGUUGCCAAUGGUGGUACACAUUAUAAGGAGACAAUUUGUGAAUGUUAUGGCAUUCGUGCUGUUGCUGAAUGUAUGGCCAAGUCAAAGUCAGAGGAAACACAAGAGUCUGCUAGAGAUUUAUUAGAAAUAUUAGCUGAAGGCAAUCCUCGUUUCUCUGAUCAAGUUUACAAAGGAUUAAUUGGCGUUUUACCAUGUAAUUCACCAAAAGCUCAACAAUUAGCACUUCAAAGUAUACGAAUUUUACAGGCAAAGCGUAAUACUGCCAAUAGGGCCUUAAUCGACAGAAUAAUCUACUUACUGGAGUCAUUGCAUUUGGAAGUCCAAUCAGCAGUUAUUGAAUUACUUCGUGUUCUGAUGGGAUUCGAUAUUGCUGAUGAUAUAUUAAUGGCUUUAAUUACCUUGUUAAAACCUCAGCAUGAAAUACAGCUGGGCAAAUUAUUCACUGAAGCAACAUCAGAUGAUAACGAUGAUGAAAUAAGUUCAUCUCAUAUGGACAGUAAUGAGGAAAGUUAUCCUUCUGAUCCUAUCCCGUUAGAUAGUCGUAAUAUUAGUGGCAUACCAGAAAUGAAACCUCUGUCUAUGAGCAAUACAAAGUCAACUAAAUUAAAUGUCAAAUACCCUAGCACUUGUGCUAACGGUAACAGCGGUAAAACAGAAAAAACGAUGAAAAAGAAUCAUAGACAUCAAAAUCAAGGGUCGGAUUCAGAAUUCGAUGGUAAUCAACCAUUAUCGGUGUUUGUUCAACAAGCAGCUGCAGCUAAAUGUAUACGCAUUCUCUCGCAAGAUUCUUCAACAGUAUCAAGAAAAAUAAUCAAGAUGGGCGCUUUAUCAAAUCUUUUAUAUGCUAUGGGUAAUCUUGAAUUUUCAGAUAGUCAACGACAAGCUAGUUUAGCUUUAGAGUAUCUUUGCCGAACGUAUCCUUUAGUAGAUGAAGUUGUUUCUGAGGCAAUGGGUCCAGUUUUACAUGAGGCAUUCAUUAAAAAUCCUGAUUCACACUAUCUACAAAUGACUCCAUUACAAGCAGAUAUUUUAGUUUCGAACAAAGUGAAUUAUACAGGAGAGGGAUUAUGAAUUUAUCAAAUAAUCAAUUAUUAUUAUAUGAUGAAUCAAAGAAUUUUUCAAUUAUAUAAAGUCAAAUGGAUUUACAAUUACUCUAUCUCACGUCAUUCAUCUCUCUAUCUCUGGAAGGUUCUGCAGUCCAUAUCGAAUUAUCAUCAAAAUGGAUAAAAUCAGUUAUUUAUUUAUAUUUUCAACAUGUGUGUUAAUUACAAUCCUAUUUUUUAUUUCCUUGUUUAGACAUAUCUGUACAAAAAACACCAGUGGAUAUUAUUGUUGUCAUAAUAUACAUGUACAUAUAUACAUUUGUUUGUCAAUAAAUUGACUGUAGUAAAAAAAUCGUUUUCUAUUUUUUCACUUUGUUUGUAUUUAUAU